GGGCGUGUGCGCUAGUGUGUGUGCUCCGGAGAGAGGCCCGCAUGCUUGAGAAUUCCCACGAGAACACAAUUUGGCCACCAGCCGUCAGUUCAGUCAGAAGAGAAUUCUUAAUCGCAAGACGUUGAAGUUUCGGUGUUUACGGAUAAUUUGGAUGAAAACGUAAAUCGGAGUUGGUGGAUCAUCGCCAGGAACGGUUUCGUAGUGUCAAGUGAAAAGUGCAGGACUAGUGGACACAAGUUGUGUGUCGAUUUUCACAAUGGACGUGAUUUCGCCGCCAGAGACCAGGGGCAGGUCUAGAUCUAAGACGCCCUUUCUAAGAUCAAGUUGUGACCGGGAAGCGUGCACACACAUCGGUGAGGGUCAUGUGCAUGAAAGGAAACUUAAAAAGAGUCCGCAAGUGCAAACAAUUAUCGAAGAAGAAUCAUAUACAAGAUACACUCCUGAUCGGAAGACACAGCAAGCAAUAUCGUCCCGUAUGAAAGCAUCAAAAGUCAAAACUUCCGACUAUUCCAGUGAUGACAUAAGUCCGGAAAAUUCGCGUACACGAUCAAAUGUAAAAACUGUUACGAUUACCACCUCAACAGAGACACUUAUUGCUGGUGGGCAACAUUCAAGUCAAUAUAGAAACGCGUCGUCGCGAUUGUCGCAAGUGAUGUCGCCUAUUGAUAAAAUUUCUUCGAAAGAGACAACCCAAAACGACAUGAAUAGUGCCUUUGAAGAAUCAAUUAAAACCAGCACGCCAAUCACUACCGGCAACAGCAGUAGUAGCAGUAGGAAGAUUCAGUUCGCGUCUAACAUCACAACGAAUGGACAAGCUGGCGAACAUGUGAGCUAUCAAGAGUAUAAGAAAGCUGGCGAAUAUUGGAAUAAAUAUCCAAAAACAGAUUACACUUAUUCCCGUCUAUCACCUCAUCGUCGUGAGAUUGCGCCCGGAUAUGUCGCUAUGCCUAAUAUGUCCCGCAAAAGUUUGGAUAAACACAAUGAGCGUGUCGAUGUUAUGAUUCGACAGAAUCCAUCUCAAGAGUCAUACAUUUUACGCCGGUAUGCCGAUAAUCGCCAAUCGACUACAAAAAAGAGUAGCUCGACAAAAGUGUUACGAUCAGAAGUGCAAUAUGAUUCGCAGGACGAAGUCGAUUUAACGGAGUAUGAUAGUUUUGAGCGGCGGCGCCGAUAUAUGCAAUACAACAGUGGUAGUAACAUCGUAUACAAACAAUCGUUCAUAACAAGAAUAUUGACCACAAUUGUGUCAUUAUUCCACUCGGUAACCGGAGUUUUCUGGAAAAACGAGGCGGAUGUGGGUUAUUAUACGACGUUUGAAGAGAAAAGAGGUUUUUUUGGCCGAAUACUAUCCAAUGUGUCAUCACUUAUUGUAACAGCCUUUCGGCCGUUAUAUCUUUUUAUAUCAUCAAUGCUGUACGCGGACACAUUAUUGCUACGCUCUUCAAAUCCUGAUAAUCGCGGAAAGAAACGAUUCUUGAUAAUUUUGCUCCUUCUGUUGCCAUUACUUUUAUUAGCAGCUUGGUGUUUUAUGGAAGAACAGGAGCGUCGAGCGAUUGUUUUACGAGCACAAAAUCUAAUUCCAGCAUCGUUAAUUGGAUUUCAUAGUAUUUUACUGUCAUCUAACUGGGGAGACGUUUUCAAAUUCGAUUUGAACUUAUUACCAACACAAAUUUUAUCGUCUUCGUCGUCCUCUCGCAGUCACAGUACCUACGAAAGCAUCACGAGCGACUUGAAGAAAUCCCUUAGCGACGAUGAAUAUAAUAGACUACUUAAUCAUAUCAAUAAUUAUGUGCAGAAAUUAGUAGACGAGAAAUUAGCUAAUGAGCGAAAAUUGUCUGUGGAGCGGGAAUCCGCACUUUCCAAGGAACUUAUGGCUCUUAUUGGCGACAGCGUUCGUGCAAAUGUGAUUGCUAGUGUGAAUCAAGCUCAGUCGGACAGUAAGAGGGAUGGUUUCCAUAAAUUAAGCGAUGAGGACGUAUCACGUAUCGUGGAGUUGGUGGUACUUCAGUUGGCCUCUAGAGAACGUCCUCAAUUGGGGGUAACUCUUUCACAAGACAAUUUGGACCAAAUCACUUUGCUAAUUAAACAAAAUAUCGAGGCGCAUAAUAAGAGUUUGAAUGUAAUUGAACGCAUUGCUGCUGAUGAAUUGCUGCUGAAGCUAUUAAGUUCAUCGAAAUUCAAUGAAUUCAUCAAAGAACGCAUCACAGAAGGAUUACCUCGGGAAACGCUUCAUCAGCAACAAGUUUUAAUUGAUGGACUACAGAAUGAGAUUGUGUCAUUAAAAUCCCAGUUAGAUUCCAAUGUGGCGGAUGAUGAAGACUUGCGUCAAUCGAUUAAUGCUUUGUACACCAAUUACAACAGCUUCCUGACACAACUGAACGAAAUGGAGAUGAAUUCUACCAGUCGAUUUGAUAAUCUCCUUGAACAAAUGGAUGCGAAAAUCAUUGCAAUCUAUUCCAAACAGUCUUCAACUAUAGACAGACAAAUCAAAUUGGUAUUAGCUGAUAUUCUUGGCUACAAAAACGGUGAAAACAUUGACGAAAUCGAUUUACGGGAAUGGGCGCUCAACAAGUUUGUUACGAAAGAUUUGCUGAAUGAACGUCUUUCGGCAAUAAGUAAGGAUUCAAAUGAUCAAAUUAAAGAGGAAUUGAAUCGUUUUGCGGGUCUUUUUAUGAAGGACAUUAUGGAGAAAGUUAAGAUUGAAAUUUUGCGGAUAAUAGAAGUUCGGGAAAAAGAACAUGCCUCGGAAAAGGGUAGUAUUAAUUGGGCUGAGUUUGAUGAUGAAGAGUUAAGAGCUAUUAUUAGGGAUGUUUUGGCGGUUUAUGAUGCUGAUAAAACGGGACGAGUAGAUUAUGCACUGGAGUCUGCAGGAGGACAAGUACUAUCGACUAGAUGCACAGAAAAUUAUCAAACAAAAUCAGCUCAAAUAUCGAUUUUCGGUAUUCCUCUGUGGUAUCCAACAAAUACACCGCGAACCGCUAUUUCACCAUCAGUACAGCCUGGAGAGUGCUGGGCAUUUCAAGGAUUUCCCGGUUUUCUCGUGGUUAAACUCAACACUAUGAUUCAUGUUACGGGAUUCACUAUUGAACAUGUUCCUAAAAGUCUAACGCCUUUCGGUAGAAUCGAUUCAGCUCCGAAGAAUUUUUCAGUUUGGGGUCUUCAAAACGAACGUGACCAGGAGCCAACGCUAUUAGGUGAGUAUGAAUAUGCUGAUAAUGGUGUUGCUUUGCAAUAUUUUCCAGUUAAGAACAAGUUGGAACAGCUUUUCGAUAUUGUCGAACUGAGGAUAGAGAGUAAUCAUGGUAAUAUUCAUUAUACUUGCCUUUAUCGGUUUCGUGUCCAUGGAACCCCGAAUUUAUAGAAUUAGAAACACAAAGAAAACAGAACAAAUAGAUUAAGCAAAAAGUGUAAUUAUUAAUGGUAAGUUCACAAAGAAUUCAUUACGUUGUUAGAAUCUAGAAGAGUUUUUUUUCAUGAUAGCUUCUAGCUUUGGAAUGAAUUCGACCUAUUUACAGCAGUGAUAAAAUAAACACAUCAUGUGCCUUUAGGUGACAGGAUAAUUAGUUUAUACAGUGAAAAUAUACAGGCAUUGCUAUCGGAUGACUUUUAGAAGUAGGUUGUGCAUUGUAAAAAAAAACGUUGAGAGCACAUGAGUGCAUCGAUGCAAUCAAGUGAGUCAUGUUUGCAAAUUGAAUUAGGUUGCGCUAAAAGCAUUUGAACAGGAUAAAAACACGAGUGGUUGUAAGUUCAUUUUUACGUGUUAUGCCCAGUUAAUUAGUUUCUAAGGGCUUUCGGAAGUGUUCUAAAUAUUUUGGUAUUGGACAAAUUGUAAGCCUUAUAUUUGCAGAGAUAUACGGUUGUUUUAAAGGUUAUCGUGAAUAUACGUCUUUUCUAGAUGUUAUUAAGUUUACGGAUUUUUGAAUUUGCGGGUUAAUUCUUAAAGUAUUUGCACAAUUAUUAUAUUUGAAGAUUGAUUUCAGUAACGCUUAAGAAUUUUUUUAAUCAAUAACGAAGCCUAUAAGUCCACCCUCACUAGUCAAAUAGAGUAGACAGCGUUCAGUGAUUGCAUCUACAUGCGUGAAGUACUUGUUCAAUAACAUACAAAAGCGGUACUCAGAGGACGAGUUGGUUUUUAUUUUUAAUUCACGUUUGUAUAAAGUUUUCUUAAUUAUUAUCUAAUCAUGGAAUAGUUCUGGUCGAGCUGUGACUCUCAUGACGUCUGCCACCAAAAAAGCUAACAUUUCCAAGUUUCGUUAUUAUUCCGGUAGUAAGUAUCCUGGGUUCCUGGCUUUAUUUCAAGCGAAUACACUUCUUCGUGCUUGUUAGUUAAUCCCAAUUUUGUAUACGAAUUCGGUUUGGCUUAAGACUUACCUAUUCUAUAACCGUCUUGAAUUCAAUUGAGUUGGCAUCUUUUCUUCUUUUCAACUUGAUAGCCAUUAUUUAUUCUGCGGCAGUCUUGUCUUGUGUUUGUUGCCAUCGGGAGCUUUAGAGAAAUUGUGGAGCAUACGCUUCUCAUCAACUGGCUCAGUUGUAUGUUUGUUCUGGUUAUUACACAAUCUCUGCCAGUCGUUGACGACAUCUCUCGUCUUCAUAAAUCGAGUUUAUAAGAAGUUUGAAACAUGAGGAUGCAUUUUGGUAAAUUGCGUUCUAUGAACCUUUCCAGUACAGAACAUUUUUCAGAACCAAACCUUCACUAAUCAAGUUAAUUCCGCUACAGAAAUCUUGAUAUGAAUCUCUCAACUUUUAUAUAGGUUGGCAUAAACUGAAGGAAAGUAUCUUUCGAUUUUUUUAUGUAUGGGCUUUAGACAUUUUUUUUAUUCUAAAACUUUCUUUUCAACGUACGGCUUCGCCCAGGACUCAAAGAGACUACACACAGGAGAUUCAAUUCCCAAUGCUCCAAAAUUUAUGGUGGAAAAAAGGUACGGCAGCGUUGGGCCGUCCUAACUGGCCUGAAAGCUUGCAGAUGACUCCUGUGCAUCUUCGUUUACAAGUAUUGGUCUCGUGUUUUUUUUUAGUCAGCCAUGGAUGUGGAAUUUUCAAAAGUCAUUUGUGGAAGCCGUUGACCGAAUAUCCACGCCUACAUAGUAAGCCACACCUGUGUACUACCUCAACUAUCCACCCUGCAGAAUUGUCGUUAGAUAUUACUUCACGGGGUCGGUUAGCAAUUAUGGUGCUAUUAUUUUGUACCUAUCGCUAGCGUCUCCCUUUCCGCGAUAUGGAGCUCUUUUUGGACUUUUCUUACAAAGUGGUCUGUCCUGUCACAACGUCCAUGGCAAUGAGUAAUUUGUUCUAUGUGAGGCUCUAUAUUUAAAUCUUUUUUAGGAUCUUUUUUGGCGAUAUCCGAAAUCCGGAAAAUAAAAAAAUAUUAAUGAAAAUGCAUAAUCAUAGUUCCCACCAGAACUACUGAUGUGUAGAAUAAUGUGUAAAAAUUUCAGCCCGAUCGGUUUAACAGCGUUUUAGUUGUGCUUGUCACCAAUUGAAAAAACUGAGAAAAAUGCGUUUAAAGUUCGCGUUUAGUAGGCUCAUCUAUACGGCGCCUGCUAGUUUGUUUUAAUUUGAUAAAUAUUUUGAAUUUUGGUUUCAAAUUUCUGUAGUAUAACUUCAACAUAUUCGGCUUUCCCUUAACCCACCCAUUGAGCUAUUCCAUCGGGUCUGAAAUUUGGCCAUUGAUGAUGCUCUUUUCUCGGUCUAGACCUGGUAGCUCUUUAGCCAAGAUGUCAACCGGCAGCAAACCUUCCGAGAUCGUUCGAAAGCCACUAACCACCACUAAUCAAUCAGGGCACAUAUCCUUCAUGACCGCGACAUCAAGCAAAGCCGAGCUACCGACGCGAGAUAGCAAUGCUCUGCUGACAUAUCUAUGACUGCCGAUAUUUGAUAACAUUUGCGAGAGUGUUGCCUGUAACAAUGAUGACUUUUUCUCUGCAUAUUCCACAUGUACCCUAAAUCUUAGUUGAUUAUCGAGCAUUACUCGCAGGUAUUUGACUGCUUCUUUGCUACUUAUGGUCUGGUUUUUAACUCGAAUUUCGAUGUAUUCCGGGUUCGUUUGGGUUGUAGUAAUAAUGGCUUUCGUUUUGUGACCAGUGUGUGCGAGUCAGUUUCAACCCCAUCUUGGACCUUCCGGGGCUUGUUAUUUGCUGCUGUCUCGAUCUCGUGGAUGUGAUUUGCCAGGUGGUUAUCCCCGCCAGUAUCGCCGGCAAAAUCAACCAUAUUCACUCGCUCCGGUAAGGCAGAUGCAAGACUCCAUUAUACGUGAUAUUUCACAAGAGUGGACCCAGCACCGAUUCCUGAGUGAUGCCUGCUGACACAUGGUAGCAAUUUAACCCUUCGUCGGUGUCGUAGCUACUCACUCUGUCUCUCAGAUUGCGCGAAGUAUUCAUCCUGAUGAGUAACUUUUUGAUGCACGAUCAGUUUGCCGAGUUGAGGGCAUUCCUCACAUCCAAUGUGACCACCGCAUAGCGUUCCAAUCGUCAUCUCUCGCCUUCUAUGGUAGCCGCAGCGAUAACCACCACUGCUUUUAUUGUAUUCUGAAUCCAAACUGCAUAUCAGAUAGAGCUUUUUCGUUUCCAGCUUCUCUGGAAGGUUUCUAUUUCUAUAUUGGGUAAUAUAAGAAGCAAUCUCUGGGAUCAAACGUUGCCCUUUCCAUUUUUCCAAGGAACAUCGCUUCGCCGAGGCAUUUUUGCAUGGUUUUUCGGAUGGCUGUUUUCUUUGUACAUAAUUGGCGAUUGUUUCAAUCAUGGUGUUCGGUCUUUGUGGGAACAGGGUCUAAUUUAAUUUAAUUUAAUUUAAUUUCAGCAUUAUCGGAAAGUUACCUGCGGUAGCUUUCCCUUUUAUUUUCGGCGGUCGUCAUCACUCUGUAGCCUGUGCCCUAAAAGUUCACGACAGCUUCCUGAAAAGGGGUUCUUAGAACUUUCGCUUUUAUUUUCUUUUAUCGUUUUCUACAGGUCGUGUCUCAAUUCUCUAGACGUGAAGUUCAGUCCAGUGGAAGUCCAGGCUUUCUCUCCGUCGUUGAAUGAUUCUUCGGGCAGGCAUUUUGCCUGGAGUUCGCUUAUUUGUUCGUUCCACCAGCCUCUCCUAUUGAGUACUCUCCUUGGCAUUGCUGCGGCGCAGGCGUAGACAACAGCCUAAAUUAGUUGUUUGGGCAAUUUUUUCCAGAUCCUUGAUUCCUUCUAGUGGAAUUCAACAUUAACUUGAACGCAUUUUUGU